AUGGUUAACAAUCGUCAGUCAAUUGCCCCAGCUCCAUCCCCGGAAUAUACUGAGCUUUUAAGAAGGCUCACCGCUAUGGAGGAAAGUCUCAAGACCAUGGAUUCAAACAUUGGCAUUGUCAUCAAGGGGAACAAAGAUUCAUUGGAAAUACUUGAUAGCAUUGCUGAUGCCUCUGGAGAACUUCUUGCAGUUAUUGCUCCUACCACUAUACCUGCUUCUGCUUCUGUCCCUUUCGCAGCUUCUUCCAUUAGUUCUACUCUGGAUUGGUAUACAACACCUUCUGAGGCUUUUUUUGGUAUCUCUUCUGCUGCUCCUUCUGUUGCUCCUUCUGUUGCUCCUUCUGUUGCUCCUUCUGUCACUCCUUCUGUCACUCCUUCUGUUGGUCCAGUGGUUCUUACUGGUGCAAACGCUGGUGAACUUAGUAAACAGGAUCGCACUAGAGUUUUACUGGGACUAGUUGCAGCUAACAACAGCAAGUGCAGUUGGGAUGUUAAUGUUGAUUACAGACUUCCACCUAACAGACAGCUGAUGCAUGACCUUCAUGCAUACCUGGCUCCAAAGGUUGUUGGGACUAGUGUUCGACAGGCUGAUAUUAGCAAUUGUAUCUACACAAACUUUUGUGGAACGAGAUGCCAAGUCAAGGAAUCCUAUGAAGCGCGCAAAAAGACAAAUUCUUGGUCAAGAAAAGCAGGUCGAGAGACCGAUCAUUUUGACUGUUGCGAGCUGACCUACCAUACAUUCAAGGCUGAAAUUAAUGUUGUUGUAAAUGAGUAUUGA